GUGCAGGAAAGCUUUGUUCCGCUGGGCGGGGCCUCAGGUGAACUGGGUUUAGCUAUUGGCGGUGGGGCCGACUAUGGCGAGUUCCCUUUUGUGACCGCAGCCCCUGGAGGCGGGGCCACAGUAGGAGACAUAAUACUAGAGAUCGGUGGUACACCUGUGUUAGGGAUGACACUCGGUGACGUCAGAGGAGUCCUGAACUCCUGUCCUCAUCCAAUCAGAAUCAAGACAGUUCCGCCAGGGUCGUCUUUGUGCAAAGACCUCAGGUUGUACCUUAGCAAGUGUUUCACACCAGGAUCCAUGGACAGUCAACUGCAGCAGCUGAUCAGAGAAAACCUGUACCUGCGCGCUGUUCCCUGUACAACCAGGCAACCGCGAGAUGGCGAGAUCUCAGGUGUGGACUACAACUUUGUCUCCAUCAAGGAGUUUUUCUCCUUGGAGGAGUCAGGAGCGCUGUUGGAGAGCGGCAAGUUCAAAGGUAUGCAAAGCAAAGGUACCAAGUUCACU